CAAGUGCUAUCCAUUGACUAACUGCGAUAAGAUUAUUUCUGAGUAAACUUCUCAGUAUAAAAGUGAUCAACGACACUCUUAAAUAACCAUAGACUUGGCUUAUUCCGUUGGUAACGCGAGUUUCCGUGAAAAUGUAUUCCAUUCCCGCCCAUCAUCCUAGUGUUCCCUUCUCAUCCCACGUUCCUGGGGGCAUACACGCCGGAUCCAGACUAGUGAUUCGCGGCGCCAUGCAUCACAGCGCUGAUAGGUUCACCAUUGACUUUCAAUGUGGUCCCAUUUGGGGCCAGGAUGAUAGUGCGUUUCACAUAAGCGUGCGACCUCAACAAGGAGCUGUUGUGCGGAAUACUUUAGAAAAUAAGAACUGGGGUCCUGAAGAGCGAUACGGAGGCUGUCCAAUAGUGCCGGGUCAUCCCUACGAAAUCGAAAUAGUAGCUGGAUUCCACAGAUUCAAUGUUCGCAUAAAUGGCAGCCAUUUUUGCGAAUACAAUCACCGGAUACCGAUGCAUAGGAUUUCAUAUAUUCUUAUUUCUGGUGACACAACGCUCCAAUAUGUUGGACAUUGAACUUUUAUUUGUUUUUACAACUUCAUUUAUUAUUGUAUCUUCCACUUAUUACAGAACUAAUGGUAUAUAUUCGAAUCUUAUUGACUAAAAAGAAACAAAUUCCUCCUUAGCGUG